AUAUUUUCCUUGUCCUUGCAGGCGUGUUAACUGAUAGUUCGUCAGCUUGGAGUGAACUGGAGAUUUGCCACGAUGUCGCGAAGCAGUAUAUCACCCCUGGUCGAGAACGAGGCCAAGAACGAAGUUGCCAACGCGUGGACGAAUGGAACAGCGCCCCCUAUGACGCCCCAACGCAAAGAGCUUGUUGAACUACCACCCCUUAAACAAUCAAAUGGAACUCCACUAAAUGGUACUCCACUGGUUAAGCGGCAUAUCGGAGCUCCAAAGGCCAUGGAGACCACAGUGUCUUUGGAGAUAGAAGAGAAUGAAAAAGGGAUGAGCACAUUGGACUACAGGAAAGACAUCGACAUGGAGUUCUAUCGUCUUCUUGGACCACUCAUCAAGUGCAUGUCAUUCUUCGGACUAUGGCAUGGUUAUGUUGUUGACCCAGUGCACAAUCCGCCACCAAAGACUACUUUCAAGAGGAUCUUUAACCAAAAGAACUACUGUAUCUUUGCCCAGGUGCUCCUGUGGUUUAACACUCUUAGGUACGCUCCGGCAUUCUUUGUUGGAUCCUACAUCGAUCCGAUCAAGCUUGUCCCAAAGGUCAUUUUCUCCAUCUUCACCCUGCAGUGCGCCCUCAACUCCUCCGUCUUCUUCUACUGUUUGUCCAAAAAGGACAAAGUGUCCAUCUUCUUUCACCACUUCGAGUUGGCUAUCCAGAGCAACCCUACAACGGCGGUGGAUAAGACGUGGUUGAAGCGAGCCAGUUGGGCAUGCACCGUGGUCGCCAUCAUCUUCAUGAUCGUCCACUGUCUCAACCAGGCUGCCAACGCCUAUCUCCCAAUCGAGACCUUCCGCAACAACAGCCUGGUUUUCAUCGCCCCCAUGUACUACAGCGCUCCGCUACACGCCUUCUUCGGCAUCAUCUACCUCUACAACUUUGCCGCUUGGAUCUUCCCUCUUCUCUUCUUCGUCCUCAUCUGCUUCAUCCUCUCGCGCCAGUUCGUCAAACUUGAUCAACGCCUCGAGAAAUCCUUGCGCAAGGCCCGAAUCGACGGGUGCUUCCCGAAGGAUUUCGAAGUUCUCCGAAGACAGCACGAAGCGCUCGCUACAGCGUUGGACACAUCCAAUGAUGGUCUCUUUACGUAUGUGAACCUGGUGACCUAUGCGACUAUGGCCCCUCUAGCGGUGUUCUUACUGUACCGGAUCAUCACCUCACCGUCCUAUCAACUUGGUCUCUCUGGGUGGUUCUUCUACUGGACUUGGAUGAUCAAUAUCUUUAUCAAUGUCAUAAUCGUUUCAUGGAUUGCUUCUAUUACAAGUACUAAGGCCCACGAUCCAAGAGAAAGACUUUUCUUGGUAAACCUAUGGAAUAUUACCAACGAGGAAAUUAUGCAGAUGAAUGUAUUCCUGAACAGAGUUAGCGGGGAUCCUAUGGGAUACACGAUAUUUGAUCUGGUUACCAUUACAAAACCUUUCAUAUUAACGAUUGGCGGUCUCCUCCUUACUUUCUACGCCAUCAUCUCCGAGUUCAAUGCAUGAAAAGGAAAAUGGUUUCCACUUCACUUUGAGCGGUUUUGUACUCCAUUUAGAGUGGUUACCACUUCACCUCGAGUUGUUUUCACUUCAUUUAGAGUGGAUUUCAGUUGUUUGAGCGUCGACCAUUUAUUUUUACAUUUGAUGUCACUACAUUGUCACAUUCCGACCAUUUGAUGUCACUACAUUGACAUCAAAUUAAUCUAUUCGGAGAGAAAUUUCGCUACUUCAAUCUCUUCUAUUUGCUCCAGAGUUAAAUUGGUAAAACCGGAGGAGGAGGACGAUCAGUCCUCUGAUAUUGCACGGGGUGAAGAAGAAUAAGGAAACAAAAAAAAACCCAGAAAAAUUUGGAGAAGAAAAAACAUAAAUGAAGUAUAUGGAAAAAGAUCCUCUUUCAAGGGACUUGAAUAACUCGUAAAUGUUUUAACCGAAAACUAAAUGGAAUUCGUUUAUCGGUCACCCCAACACCUCCCUCAUCCCCCCCCAAACGAACGACCAAAGAGGCACCCCCGUUUGUACUCUUACCCACAAACAGGCGUGUUUCGUUCCACUUCCCGCCAAAAAUCGAAACACAAUUAUGAUUGCCAAACUCAAAUUUAAUGCUGCGAAAUUGAUGCCAAGGACUGAUUGAAUCUAGCCGUUUGCAGAUUUUGUGAUCAAUUCUAAACCUCGGGAUCUGUAUUAGUGAAUAACUCCCCUAAACAAUGUUCGAUGUAAGGGAAAGUCGUUUAAUUAACACUUAAUCGGUACUCGGACCCCAUGAAGAGCCUCGUCAUGACUGUAUAAGUCACUAAUGUUCCGGUUCUGAGUUGGUCGCGAUUUUUUUUAUUUUAUUUAUUUAUUUAUUUUUUUUUGGGGGGGAGGGGGUACAUACAACAUACUCAAGCUCGUUCCCUUAUGUUCGCCCAAAUGCUUUAAAACAAUAAAAACGACAUGUUAUUAAUAAGCAGCAAAGAGAUAAUAUUUGGCCCUACGAGCAAACAUUCCUUGCUCUCUUUUUUAAUUCGCUGUUCAUGAUGUUGCUGCUGAAUACUUUUGUCUACAUCGUUGUCAGUAUUUGCCUCACUUUUUCAAAUUAUCGCAUUUUUACUGCAAUAUAAUCUUUUAUUUCUGUAAAUAUGCGUUAAUGUCGUAUAAUAUAGCAUUGGCGAGUAUGUAUUCUACAGUCACGGUAGUGUUGUAAAUUAAAGUUUAGUAUAAGAUUUUCUUGUUUAAUUUUUUUGACAGAAACAAUUAAGACACAAGUGAACAACUGUUUCAAAAUAGUUUUGUUUCCUGAAUGAAUAUCAUGCAUUGCUGAGAAUAGUUGGAGCCACCUACUGCUAUGGCCUAUGUGUAUAUGUACAUUCCUUUUGCUUGCCUUAUGUCUUUCAAAUAUAACUAGAAUUUAUGAAUAUAUAUGUUGUAAGCUAGUGUGUCUUAUAUUUAUCAUUAUAGUGUUGCUUUUUAAAAGAAAUCUUAUUGACAGUAAGUAGGUAAAGUAGUUUUGAUUUGGACAUUUACCGUGUCAAACUAUUUUUUUGAGAAAAAGGGGCAUUACAUGUAGUGAAUUGAAGUGCAAGCCUAGAUGUUCGCCAUUUUGGAUAACUGACACGAAUUUACGUCUCACGUGACGUACCAAAGUAGUUGGGGACAAAAUGUUGUGUGCAGGAUAUAUUUCAUUAGAAGGUAUAUUUUAUACAAUGCGAUCGGUUGCUAGGGCGAAUGCCUUGUCAUUAUACUCCGAUGAUAAUUGAAAGGGUGGAAUUAUAUAUCGUGUUUUAGACAAAGGAAACAUUGGCCUGCGAUUGUAAAUACGACGAUUCACACUCAACAAUAUCUAGUAAAACAGUGUAUUGAGUAGUAUUGAACAGGGGACAGUUUCAUAAAAACUUGUUAUAAUAAUAAAUUUGCAAUUAGCAGUUUAAAGCAACCGAAAUCCUUUGAUUUGAUUGGCAGAUGGUAAAUUCAUUAUUGAAAUUGUGCAUUUAUUAUUAUUUCAAGUCUUCAUGAUGGAACGGGUCCCAUCAGGUCCUGGUCAAUAAUUAGGGAAUUUUCGCACCAGGGCUCCGUAACACAAAGAUUAGCGAUCAAUCGCUAAAUGAACUGACCAAUCAAUAUCAACGUUACACGCGCAUUUGGUUUAAAAUUCUGACCAGGGACCAAUCAGUGCGGUUCUUUCAUAUUUGCAAUCCAUCGCAAACCUUUGUGUUACGGAGCCCAGGACAUAAAAAAUAUAUCGUCAAAUGCCCUUCAUGACAAAAAUCAACCAAAAAGUCUUUGUCGAAUUUGUGAAUCAAACAGCAGUUUGUCCUGGACGCCUGACAAGCGACAUACUUGCAAUGUUUCGUGAGCUCCGUAACUUAGGACGAAACUGCUGUUCUAAUACUCGACAAAGACCAUUCAUUGUAAAUGACUGUUCAUUGUAAAUUUGAUAGGCAUUUUCAAUACAUUAACUGUGCUCUUGGUUUCGUCCUGCGUCGCGAUGCAGGAACUCCCCACUGACAUUUCAACAGAAAAUGAUCAUCAAUUAUCCAUGUCGUAUAGGUUUGCUGUCAAAAUCGUUUGAUAUGAAUGUUUGGUGACACCAUCGUGUAUUAGCUGGUGAUACGUACAAUUUCAUUUAUAUAAUCACGUGGACUGUCUUGUAAAAGUUGUUGAUAUUAAAUAUUGACAUUUUGAUAGCUUAAA